AUGGCAGUCACGGCAAGUCGCGUUGGGAUGUACUGGUGCCAUGCUGUCGAUGAGAUGGAAACAGGAGACCUCGGGAUGUGUUGCGAAUAUGAACACAAGCAUCUGUGUCCUGUGGCAUCUCACUGUUACCCCAUGUCGGCUACACAAUCGGAAAGCUUGGUUGUCAUCCCAUGGAUCCCCUUAGGGACCAACGGCUUGGGUAUCCUGGCUAGGCGUUGUGUUGGAUCUGGGGUUGGGAGAUACCGAAUGGACCUCUUCAUGCGAUCACCGCCGUUGGUAAAGGAUCCCAAUAUAAAGGUAGCCCUAGUCCUUUCAAGCGGCCUUCUCUCAUCUAGAGAAAUCGCCUUGUUCGAUAGUGCCUAUGCGUGUUUCCUUUUGACUACACUGCGGAUUCUAGCCCAUUUACUACCAAGCGACGAUAAGGUUACGCCACAGUCGUAUGCCCUUCAGGAACCCUUUCACUCUGUCAACUUCGGGCUGAACAGCAAUAUGUCGCUCGACUAUGAGAAGCAGCCGGUUGCUGCUAACGUUACGUCGCCCACCGAACAUGGCCUCUCUGAUGCUGUCAAGAAUCAUUUAAGUGAGGCUGCUGAUUUGUACGGAGACAUAGAGACUGCGGAAUCGAUGGGUUAUGUCCGUCGUGGUCUGAAGUCCCGUCACAUUCAGUUCAUUGCUCUUGGAGGAACAAUCGGAACGGGCUUGUUCCUUGGUAUUGGAAACGCUUUUGCCAACGCUGGUCCUGUCUCUGUCCUUCUCGGUUACACCAUCACUGGCUGUGCUGUCUUCGCCAUGAUGCAGUGUCUUGGAGAGAUGGCCACGUGGCUACCCCUUCCUGGUGCUAUACCACAGUACUGCGCUCGUUAUGUCGAUCCUGCCCUUGGUUUUGCUGUGGGCUGGAACAACUGGUAUCAAUGUGCCAUCACACUCUGUGCUGAAGUCUCCGCUGCCGCCGUUCUCGUGUCUUUCUGGGACCAGGAAGAGAAAUAUAAUCCUGCCAUCUGGAUCAGUCUCAUUCUUAUUACCAUCGUCGUUUUGAACAUCUUCGCAGUCUCUAUAUAUGGAGAGGCUGAGUUCAUCUUUGCCUCUAUCAAAAUCAUCACCAUCCUUGGAUUGCUUCUUGCUGGUUUUGUCAUCAUGCUUGGCGGUGCUCCCGAUCGUGAUCGCAGGGGUUUCCGAUACUGGAAAGAGGGUGCCAUGAAGGAGUACGUCGGAACGGGUGCCACUGGACGUUUCACUGGUCUUUGGUCCACCCUCGUCAACGCUGCUUUUUCAUACGGUGGUGUUGAGAUGGUGGCCGUCGCAGCCGGCGAGGCAGCCAACCCCCGCAAGAACAUCCCCAAGGCCGUACGUCGUGUCUUUUGGCGUAUACUGUUCUUCUAUGUCCUGGGAUCUUUCAUCAUUGGUGUUACUAUAAGUUCAUCUGACCCGCAGCUUACCGACGAGAGUGCCAAGGGUGCUCAGUCAUCGCCAUGGGUCAUCGCCAUGAAGAAUGCUGGUAUCCCUGUCCUGCCUCAUAUUGUCAAUGCUGUUAUAUUGACAUCGGCUACCUCCUCCGGCAAUGCCUUCUUGUAUACUGGCUCGCGUUACCUCUUCGGUGUUGCCCAGAACGGCCAGGCCCCUAAGUUCCUCCUCAAGUGCACCAGGGGCGGUGUUCCGAUUUACUGCGUUGUCAUCACGGCAUCUAUUGGUCUGAUAACCUACAUGUCAGUCAGUACUGGAGCGAAUAAGGUCUUCCUGUGGUUCCAGAAUCUCACCACCAUCGCCCAGCUUUUCACCUGGUGCUCGAUUUGCUACACCUAUAUUGGCUUCCGCAAGGCUCUUCUUGCACAAGGCGUUGAUCGCAACACUCUAGUGUUUAAAAGCGUGUGGCAGCCGUACACGGCAUGGAUCGCGUUCAGCUACUUUGCCUUGAUCAUCUUCUUCAAUGGCUUCAAGGUCUUCACUCAGACGCCCUGGGGCCCUGACCAGCUUACCAGCUUCUUCACUGCCUAUGUUGGUGUGCCGAUUUUCUUCCUUCUCUUCGGCUUCUGGAAGCUCUUCAAGCGUACCAAGGCGGUCGAUCCUGCUACGGCGGACCUUCAGUCCGGUAAAACGGCUCUCGAUGCUGAGUUAUGGCCUGAACAGAUUCCUCGCAACUUGUUCGAGAAGUUUUGGCUUUGGCUAUGUUAA